GCGGCUUCCUCGAAGCUAAUACUAGCAUCGUCUUGCUAAAACGUGCUAAGCUACGUAGCUCUAACGUUUCUGCUCCAAGGUCGACGAGAGCAGGUCUGCAUCCGAUGUUAAUUCGGACUUUUCUGGAAAUAUAUGUUUGAGGACAGACCAGUAGAACAUCUCCAUGUCGGGUUCCGUAGAUAAAAUGAUCAAGGAGCGCAGCGACCUGUUUUCUGACAGCCAGUGUAAAGUCUGCAGUGCUGUCCUGAUUUCUCAGUCUCAGAAGUUGACUCAUUAUCAGAGCAAGAAACAUGCCAACAAGGUUCGGCGUUACCUUUCCCUUCAUAACGAGAACGGCAACGCUGUCAAGAAGCCCAAAAUAUCCGACAAUGAUUGUGACAACGGAGACACUGACCGGUUGAAGGCAUGUCACCUGUGUAACAUGACCUUCACGUCUCCAGUCAUGGCUGAGUCUCAUUAUCAGGGCAAAUUUCAUGCCAAGAGGCUGAAAAUGAAAGCUGUUGAAUCCCAGACUCCAGAAGCCUCUCAGACAAGACAGCCGAUGGAGAAACCCGCCGACAAUACAGGUGGAGUUCCUGAAGCGGACAACAACAACCCAGAUCGCUACUGCUCCACCUGCAAGGCCUCCUUCAACAACCCGCUCAUGGCCCAGCAGCAUUACGCGGGCAAGAAGCAUAAAAAACACAUGACCAGGCUAAAGCUGAUGGAGACAUACAAGCCCUCCACUGCACCAGCUUCAUCACUAAACGGUUACCCGUGCACCAUCUGCAAUAUUGCGCUCAACUCCGUGGAACAGUACCAGUCUCAUAUCAGUGGGGCCAGGCAUAAGAACCAAAUGAAGAAAACUGGUCAAAAGUCUGGAGAGGACCGACCUUCAGCUGUGGAAUCACAAGGGGGCGUUCACCAGUAUGCUGCAGGUGAUAACCAGUGCACUCCUGCAGAUGAUGAAUACCCACCUGGAGAUGAUCAUUACGUACCUCCAGAUGACCAGUAUGGCACUGGGAAUGACCAGUAUGAAGGCGGAGAUGGCCAGUUUGGCAAUCAUCAGUACACCCCAGAGUUCUCUGCUUUUUCGGAGCAGUUCCAGUAUACUUGAGGCUGGACUGGGAUUGAACUGGAGAUGGACUCUCUCCAAACAGCCCCCCUUUAACUCAUUAACAAAGCAUCAGCCCCUCACUCCUCACUCUCUCUCAUAACACUUUAGCUCCUGUCUGACUCAGUAGUGUUUGUAAGUGUUUGCAGUCAUGUAAACCUCAGUUUGGACUGUGACGCACCCCAUUGUAUUAUCUCUCUCAUUUUAUGUUUGUUUUUUGCUGAAACUGUCAAUAGAGCUUUGGUUUUUUCUUUUUAAUGCAACAACAGUUUUGGAUCUGUAAAAUAUAGACAUUAUAACCCCAAGCAUUGUGUGAUGACGGGAUUCAGCUGUGAUGCAGCUACACUUGUUAGAAAUGAUUGAUGAGGCGUUUCUCAUCAGAAGGUUAUUGUUAUGAAAGUCGGACCAACUCGACUCUUAUUGCAAAAACUGUCAGAACGACCGUAUAAACUAGACGGGAAUUUCCAGGUUUGUAAAAUAGGUUUAUGCAUGAAGCACUCUGACAUAUUUGAGAUUGGAGUUUGUUUCCAGGUGGUAGAAAUGAAGGCUGCAUGAUAAAAGAAAAACAAUUGAUACUAUUGAUGAAAAUCACUAUAUUGAUUACAAUUUUCAGACAGGUUCUUGCUUUCUGUAUCGUUUUUUUACUCUCCAUGAGUAAAGGCCAUUUUCAUACGCAGAUGGUGAACCUCUGAAAUACAAUACCCUACAAAACAAUGCAUCAAAGCUGUCUAUUGCGAUAUUGCACACACUAAUGUCGAAGUUCGAUUGUGCAACUCUAGCAGAAAUCAGCUAAAUUAGCUUCUAACUGUACAGCUGUUCUGUUUUUACCAGUGUGACCAUGCUGGGAAACUGAUGAUAUUGACUGCUGAUAACCUCUCAACGUAACCCCCUUUCAAAAAAAAAAUUCGAACCACCUUUAAAUUUGACUGAUCUACAUUGGCGAUUAUGCCACACUUUCAGAACCUCGACCCAAAUGUGAAACAAGCUCCAAAUUCCAGAUGUUGACCGUUCCAACCUUCCUGUUGACGGUCGCCGGGUUAGAGCAAACUGAAGUCUGCAGUGAAACAGUCAGUAGAUUAGUGAUGAUGGAGGUUCUGGAGCAUAACCACAAGUACACCAGCAAACGGAUUCCGUUGUCAUCGCCUCGGUCCACAUGGCUCCCUGCGGCUUGCAUGCUUACCUCACAGCCUAAAUGCUUACCAGUGAUUUAUUAGAGAACAGGACAACGGAGGAGCAUUUAAAGCACGCCUUGAGACCUUAGGCCUGCGUAUUAAAACAGGAAGUGACUAAUAUGCUAUUUUAGGUGCCGUAAUUGUAAUUUGGAACACUGCUAAAUUUAAGUCUGUCUAUGUGGUUUAAAUGUAAGAAAGUAAAAUGAUACUCGACAAUAGUAGGAGGGACCUGUUCUGCAGGUUAGUGAAGUGGUCUCCAAAUUCAGUCAUUGAUGGUCAAAGUCCUACAUGUUUUAGAUGCGUCCCUGAUUUAGCUAAAUGGUGUCAUUGGCAGAAUCCUGCAGAACCUAAUGUGUUGAAAAAGCUAUAGCAACAAUUUGAAAGGUGUGUGUUGGAGUGUGGAGACCAGUAAACAUGCAGGAUAUUGGGCCAGGAGAGCUGGAAUUGACUUGUCAUGGUUUAGUGCUUCCUAGGAAUGCGUCUAUAUGGUUUAAUGCAGGAAGAGAUGAGCUUCGCUGAUAUCUAACCAGCUUUGAAACCACAAAUCAAGCCUCCUGUAAGUAAGUAAGUAGUAAACAACACAGAAAGCGGACUCAUUGGUUUGUUUUUCCUCUGAAUGUGCUCUCUGCUUCUCCUUCCAGAUGGCUCUGACAGCUGUAGCUAAAUUCUUUCUUUUACUUUAACUGUUUACAUUAUUUUGUUUCUUUUUUAUUGUUGAAAAUAAAAAUAAAAAAGGUCCAGUAAUUCAUCAGGCAACUACAAGCUCCGUUUACUAUAUUUAAUUAUAUUUUUUAGUGCCCCGGCUUCAACCUGACGCUUCUGUUUGCUGUUUUUGUUGUUAGUUAAAGGCUGUACUGUGAGACGUCCUAAUAUACAUUUUUCCCCUUAAAUCUCUCUAAGCAACAUUAAAAUGUAAGCCGAUCUUAAAUUAGAUUGUGUAAUCUCUUUUUUUUAAAUAAAACCAGUGCUGCUUCGUUUUGGCGGAGGUUUUCUGUA